AUGUCCGGGCUCGAAGGUCUUGGCAUUGCGGCCAGCGUUAUCGCAGUGGUUGACAUCUCCCUCAAGGUCAUUUCAUCGUGUUCCAAAUACGCCCAAGAAGUCAAAAGCUCGAAAGAUGGCCGCGCCCGGCUCCUACAGGCUGUCACGGCGCUAUAUCUAGAGUCCGACAAGGUCCGCGAUCUUCUGCUUUCCACAAAAGGGUCCAAGCUGCGGGCUUCUCGACAACUUUACAGUGAGAUAGGAAGCAGCGAGAUCCAACUAUGCGAACUAGAAAAACAGCUUUCACAAAGCCGUUCAAGCCUUAAAUGGCCUCUACGAAAAGAAAAGCUCGAGAGCGCCAUCUAUUGCAUUGAGAAGUCCACCAAGACUAUGGUAGACAUGCUUCAGAUCGAUAUGGCUGAUCUUCUCGUCACCAUAGACGAUAGAGCUGAGGCUGAAGAGCAAAGAGCGACCAUUGAUCAGCUGCCAUAUGUCGGUGAUGCAGUCUGGGACUCGCACGCCGAAGAAAGCAACGCCACAUGUCUACCAAAUACUCGAGAAACUCUCCUUAAAGAGCUCAAAGACUGGAUCAAGGACACGACUCAACAAUCCAAAACAGUGUUCUGGCUGAACGGCAUGGCGGGUACUGGCAAAUCCACUAUCUCACGCACACUUUCUCAGCAUCUAUCUCAAGAUGGACAACUAGGGGCAACCUUCUUCUUCAAACGUGGAGAAGCUGAUCGAGGCGGAAUCUCGAAAAUGGUGUCUACAAUUGCACGUCAACUUGCAAUGAACCAACCCGAGUUAAGGCCUAAUAUCCAAGCGGCCAUCCAGGGUGACCCUACUGUUACCAGCAAAUCGGUGGCGAAGCAAUUUAAUACGCUCAUUUUGGACCCUUUAAGGAAGAGCUCAAGCAGGUUUUCAAGCGAAAGGUUCAUCACAAUCGUGAUCGAUGCAUUGGACGAAUGCGAAUCAGAGACAGACAUUAGGCUCAUCGUAAGUAUGUUCUCUACUACCAAGACGAUACAAUGCCCCCGACUCAGAGUCUUUAUCACGAGCCGUCCAGACCUCCCCGUUCGACUUGGGUUUCAAGACGUCAAAGGGUCUUAUCAGGACUUGAUUCUUCAUGAUGUAUCUGCCUCAGUCAUCAAGCAGGAUAUACUUACUUUUUUUCAUCACAAAAUGAAACUGAUCCGGGACGAUUGGAAUGCUUCCGUUGGAGAGAAGCGGAAGUUGCCACAAGACUGGCCUGGAAGCGAGUGUAUCCGGUCACUCACGGACAAGGCGGUCCCUCUUUUCAUCUUUGCUGCAACUGCAUGUCGUUUUAUCAGCGAGCGCCAACUGGGCAGCCCUGAGAAACAAUUACACAGAUUUCUUGAAUAUCAGACAGAUGGCACUGCAGCACACCUGGACUUUACCUACAGGCCAGUCUUGGCGCAAUUAUUUAGCUCCAACUCCUCGGAAACCAUCAAGCACCAAGUCAUUCACGAGUUCCAACGCGUUGUCGGUACUAUUGUCAACCUUUUUGAUCCUUUAUCGGCUUCAUCACUGUCACGUCUCUUGGAUGUCGACCAAGAUAUCGUCGACAGCAAGCUAGAUCUACUUCACUCCGUCCUCGAUGUUCGUUCCUCUCCAGACUUGCCUAUCCGAAUGCUUCACUUAUCCUUUCGAGACUAUCUCACGAGUCCCGAAACAAGAAAACACCAGUUCUGGAUAGAUGAGAAGAAGUCGGCAAGUAAUUUAGCCAAAGACUGUCUCCGCGUCAUGCAAACUCUGCAACCCGAUAUUUGUCGUUUGAAGAAUCCUGGAACACACCGUUCGACAUUGAAACACGAGUUCAUAAACGCGUGCAUGCCCCCCGAGGUCCAGUAUGCGUGCUUGUAUUGGGUAAACCACCAAGUAGUAGCGGGACUCGGACCUGGGGAUGCUGCAAGAAUCUUCGAGUUUCUGAAACAGCAUCUGCUUCAUUGGUUCGAAGCUAUGAGCUUGCUAGGUAGAGCUUUUCAGAUUUCUAGACUGAUGAGAGAAUUGCAUUCUGUAAUACCCAUCGAGAUUUAUUGCUCCUUCCUGGUUCUGGCGCCAAACAACAGCAUUGUCAAACAAACAUUUGCAGCCAAUAUUCCACCUUGGUUGAGUUUACUGAGUGGACAAGAAGCCAAUUGGGACUCGUGUCGACGUCUGUUAGGGAAUAUACAUGAUCCAGUAACAAAUGACAACUCCAUGUCUGGAGCUGUGAUACUGGAGAAUGCAUUCAUGAUAUCGAGUCCGAAGCAGAGAACUAUCGCUUCACGUAUAGGCAAGCACAAAUCUCGAAAGGUUCUCCAGCAUCUGUUGACAUUUUUAAGCCCGACAAUCUCUCCCAAUGGCAAAUUAGUGGCCGUCGAACUUGAAGAGUUGCUGGACAACCAUGUACAAAGAAUAUUGAUAUUUGACUUGAUAACAGGUCAAGUCCUUUUCAAAAUUCCUGAUCUUAGGUCUCUCCGUGCUCUUGCCUUUUCUCAAGACUCUAAAUUUAUUUGGACGUGCACAGGGGAUGGGAAAGUCUUUGUCUGGGAUUUCUCUGCAGGAACUUGUGUUGAGGAGCUUGAUUGUCCACUUAACACGACACAUGACACAAUAUCAUUCUCGUUAGAUGACCCCAAGACUGUCAUCAUGCAGAGCUACAAUAGCGCAUAUGUUUGUUAUCUCGAUAACAACAAAGUCAGUGAGGACCUCAAUUUACAAUGGACCACUGAAGUGCGCGUUAAAGGCCAAAACAUUUCACCUGACGGAAGGCUUUUAGUCACCCCUUCAUCGGAUACCUCAUCUUUCGACAUAUGGGAUAUUUCGAGACGCAAAUUGCUAUGUCAACUAUCGAUAGAGCAAGACAGCCUAGAGUUCAUGGAAUUUUCACCAGAAUCAACUUUUCUGGCGACGGGUGUCGCAGAUGGGCGAAUUCAACUCUGGGAUAUGAGGGAUGGUAAAUGCUUUAAGACCCUGACAUUGGCCGGCAAUUCCUUCUUGGGGUCAAUCACAUUCCCCCCCGACACAAGAUAUCUCAUCUCUACCCAUGAUGCCGAUGAUCAGAUUGAAGUUUGGCUAUGGGAGAUCAACACGGGUACCUGUGCUAUGAUGAACAUUGAAAUCUCAGACUCAUUUGGCCAUUUUUUAGUUUCCCCAGACUGUAAAACGAUAGCCUCGACAACAUCCAAUGGCAGAGUACAACUAUGGGACUGGCAGAGACUCCUUGGAAUACCCCGGACGACUACCUCGAAGUUAGUAUCCGUUUUUGUCUCGCCUGAUUUGUCUAUGAUAGCGUCACAUUUUUGCAAUGGCGAAGUUGUGGUUUGGGAUACAACCACUGGAGCUACGUUGCAUCAUUUUUCUUGCCCUCUCGCAAAUGCGGUGGGGUUCUCCCCUGGUUCGUGGCUCUUUGCGACCACGAAGACUAGAGAAACUCUCAAAGUUUGGAGCCUACAUGAGCCAAAUGUUGAAUGGCAAUUUGAUCAAAAACUACAAGUCGUCCGUUUCAUGUUCUCCCCAGACUCCCGAGUUAUAGCCACCUUGGGGACCGAAAUCAGAAUAUGGGUGCGAGAAAGUCGUACGUUCAGAUUCAAAACUCUUUCAUCGUCCCAAGACAAAGAAAGGCUUAUUUGUUUCUCGCGGGACUCAAAGUUGAUAUCUGGAUCAAGUUCUGGCAAGGUCAAGAUAUGGAAUUGUGACACAGGUCAGCUUGUUCAAAGUCUGCCAUUUACAGGUUGUUUCCCAGUCCUGUCAAUACAUCUACGGCCUUUGACGGUCUCGUCGUACUCGAUAUUUGUUGCCGUUGCUCGUGGCUUUGAAGUCUGGGAUUUAGAGACGUGUUCCUGUAUCUUGAAACGCCACUCAGCUGCUCCUUGCUCAGUCGUUUCAUCUAGCGGCACGUUCAUACUUUCACCAUCAGGACAACAGCUCGAAAUCUGGGACUGGUCAACUGGGGAAACGCUUGCAAUGUGUCCUUUGUCACUUGAACGUGGUGAAAUACUCGACUUUGUCCCAGCAAGUUCAAUUGUGCGCACUACGUACGGAGAUUGGGCCCUGUCAUCGGAGCAAUUAACGCAGAUAUUUGGGGUUGAACCGAAAGGUGAAUGGGUUCAGUGGAAGGGUCACAACCUAUUCAAGUUGCCUCCGGAUCUUCAAAGUUGCAAUCCUAAAGUAGCAGCUAUACCAGGAGAGUCGUUAGGGUUUACUUUUGCUGUUAAAUCCAGAGAGCAAGGGUUGGUCGUGUUGAGAUUCUCGAACGAAGGGGGCAUGUUGGAUGAUCUCAUUUCUAGGUAA